AUGGAACUACGUUGUCGGACUGGUCGAUGGGAUCUCAUUGCAGUAACCGAAACCUGGUUGACGACCGACAUCUUAGACUCCGAGCUGCGAUUACCAGACAUGGAGCUAUUGAGGCGUGAUCGUCCAACGCGAGGUGGGGGCGUGUUGCUCUAUUAUCAUAACAGCUUGCAAUGCGAGCAAAUGGAGUGCCUGUUCGCUGCUUCCGCUACGUUAUGGUGCAAACUGAAGCUAACGCAACAUGAUAUCGGGUUGAUCGGGCUAGUUUAUCGCCCUCCUUCGUCAGCAGAUUCAUCAAAUGAGACUUUGUUGCAAACAAUGUCUUAUUUCUCGUCAUUGAAUUUCACCCACGUUCUUAUUAUGGGUAACUUCAACUGUCCCAAGCUGAGCAACAUGGCGACCUCAUGUAUGCCAUUUGAACGAUAA